AUGGUAGAAGCUGUGUUUGGUAAACAGUCAGUGUUUGACUUCCUGAAACAAAAAGGUGCAGAUCUGACACUGGUUGAUAAAACGGGAGAUGGUGUGUUCACUCUCGCCCUUCAGGGAGGAUGUCGCCACAUCAUAGAACAAUUAUCUCCAGAUGGACAACAUAUGAAGAAGCCCUCUCCAUGGAAUGAACUGAUGAGAUCAAUAGUGACGGGUUGGAUGUACCGUCCGAGGAUUUACGGUGAAAACAGCCCUGUCCUGGUUCAGACAGACCAGUUUGGAGACAGUUUACUACAUCUGGCCUGUCGGGGAGGUAACAGACAGUGUGUGGAGUAUCUGCUCCCAUCCUAUGACAUCAACGUCCGAGGUCGGUAUGACUGGACACCGGUCAUGAUGGCGGCUGUGUGUGGCCAUGAUGAUGUCUUCCAGUUGCUGGUGUCUCACAACCCAGAUCUCUCUCUGGUCUCAGACACAGGUGAAGAUGUCCUCACCCUGGCUCAGCGAGGGAGAAGCAAUGUCAUUGUCAAAUACCUAAGGGAUCAUUCAGGACAGGGACAUUCUCGUGAAUCGGAAAGAUGA